UCCAUCACCACCGAACCAACGACUGAUACUCUUCUUCUCUAGAAACCUCUCCAAAGACAUCUCUUCCGGUAUCAAACUGGGAGACAUUCACCGCCGGAAAUGAAGAUUCCGGUUGAUUGUUUAUCAAUCAAUCGUCAGUGUAGUUGUGUCUUGAUUACUGCAGUUGUUGUCAUGCUUUUCAUGAACUUUGAAUUAAAAAAACCCUAACAAAAACCAAAACCGAAAGCAACAUUUUCCUUUGUUUAGUACUAGUAGAAUUUACAAGUUAUUCGAUUCGAUUUUUCUUAUUCAAUCCAAUUACAACAACGAAAUUAGUAUUAUAAGCCUUUGAGUAAGGUAUCAAGAUUAGGGAAAUUUUGUUUGUUUUUUUACUUUUUUGAGAUAGAGAUCCAAAAGAGGGGUUUUACAGAUUUCGACGGAAUUUUCUCUUUAUAGAUCAUCAUUUGGAUUAUUGUGGGAUUGAAGAUUAUUCCGGUUGAUUGUUCUGGGAAAGAUUUGUUGUGUGAUUUUCAGGGUUUUAUAUAGCUUAGAAGAGAUCAUAAAUCAUCACUCAGGUUCAGUCUAUGAACUUUGAAGUGUUUAACUGAUUAAAAGUGAGAAUACAUAUUAAUAUCAAUUAGAUCAUGCCUUUUCAAACUAUGAAGAUACAACCAAUUGAUUCUACCACGGCUAAAGAAUCAUCGUCAACAACAGCAGCAGUAACAACAUCGGUUAGGACUGAUCCAGUAAAACCAGUAGUGAAAUCUAGGUUUAAGAGAUUGUUCGAACGUCAAUUUCUCAGAAAUUCAGCAGCAGAAAAAUUAGGUGAUCAUCACAACAACAAUAACAAAGAUGUUGUUACUAAUGCAGAUUUGGUGGAACCGAGUUCUGUUUGUUUAGCAAAAAUGGUUCAGUGUUUUAUCGAAGAAAAUCAUAAUGAUUCAAAACAAUCUCAGAAAUGUGCUGGCCGUAACUGUUUCAAUGGUAGCAACAAUUAUACCACUGAUAGUUCCGAUGAUGAAUUCGAAUUUUGUUGUGGUGGUUUUACUGAUUCCAUCUCAUUAUCCUCUGCUGAAGCUUCUGAAUAUCUCAAGAGUUUAAUUCAGUGCCCUAGUGUUACAGAAAGAAAUCUCUUUGCCGAUACUUCAAAAAUCGUAGAGAAAAACAAGAUCUGUAAACCACGAAAAGAUGAUUGCCGGAAAAUUGUUAUAGAAGGUUUAUUAGUUCUUGGAUAUGAUGCUUCAAUUUGUAAAUCUCGUUGGGAAAAAACUCAUGCUUAUCCAGCAGGAGAAUAUGAAUACAUAGACGUGAUUAUUGAUGGAGAGAGAUUCAUUCUUGAUGUUGAUUUUCGAUCAGAAUUUGAAAUUGCAAGAUCAACCAAGCAUUAUAGAUCUGUUCUUCAAGCAUUACCGUUGAUUUUUGUUGGUAAAUCUGAUCGUCUUCAACAGAUUGUUGGAAUUGUUGCUGAAGCUGCUAAACAGAGUUUGAAGAAGAAAGGCAUGCAUUUACCACCAUGGAGAAAAGUUGAUUAUAUGAAAUCUAAAUGGAUUUCUUCUUACGCUCGUAUUACGCCACCACCAAUGACCACUACAUCACCACCGUCACCACCACUAGAGGUGAUCAGUGAAGUUGCGAUCGAUGAUAAUAAUCAGAAGAAGGAUUCUUGUGUGAUCAAAACGAAGAAUUUCUCUGGAGAAUUUGAAUUGAUCUUCAGUCAAAAAGUUUCCAAAUCCGAAUCAGCUACCAAUCCUGAGUCAGAUACUACUACAACUGAUGUCACUUCUUCGAUUCCGAUUGAGAGUAAUUCAGAUGAGUCAGAGAAGAUCAAAGUAGUUGUUUCACCAUGGGAACCACCAGCAAUUAAACCAAAGAGCACUCAGAAAGGGGGGAAAAUCGUGACUGGAUUAGCUUAUGUCCUUAAAGAUAAACCCUAAAAUUUUGAUUUUUGGAAUUUUUUUGUUUUUUGUUAGAGAAAAUCGAAAUUAUUAAACAAAAAUUUCGUGCAAGUGCCCUUCACAUUUUUUAUUUGUGAGGGUAAUAUCAUUAUAAGAAAUUAAAAAAAAAAAGGAAAAAAGAAUUCUACUUUUACUAAUCAAAUGAGAAAAUCAUAAUAGAAAAGACAAAAAAGAAUUAUCAAAUUU